AUGGCUCAGGCAAGCUCAUUCGGACAAGUUGAACAAAUGGAAUAUGAGAGGUCGGACGGCGAGAAGAUCAGAAAACUGGCAGCAGCAGCAGCCACAACAACAGCUAUAACAGUAGCUACCACAACAACAGCUACAACAGUAGCUACCACAGCAGCAGCUACAACAGUAGCUACCACAACAACAGCUACAACAGCAGCAGCUACAACAGUAGCUACCACAACAAUAGCUACAACAGUAGCUACCACAGCAGCUUCCACAACAACAGAUACAACAGUAGCUACCACAACAACAGCUACAACAGUAGCUACCACAGCAGCAGCUACAACAGUAGCUACCACAACAAUAGCUACAACGGUAGCUACCACACCAGCAGCUACAACAGUAGCUACCACAACAACUGCUACAACAGGAGCUACCACAACAACAGCUACAACAGUAGCUACGACAACAAUAGCUACAACAGUAGCUACCACAGCAGCUUCCAAAACAACAGAUACAACAGUAGCUACCACAACAACAGCUAAAACAGUAGCUACCACAACAGCAGCUACAACAGCAGCUACCACAACAACAGCUACAACAACAACAGCUACAACAGUAGCUACCACAGCAGCAGCUAGAAGAGUAGCUACCACAACAACAGCUACAACAGAAGCUACCACAACAACAGCUACAACAACAGCUACAACGACAACAGCUACAACAGCAGCAGCUACAACAGAAGCUACCACAACAAUAGCUACAACAGUAGCUACCACAGCAGCAGCUACAACAGUAGCUACCACAGCAGCAGCCACAACAGUAGCUACCACAACAACAGCUACAUCAGUAGCUACCACGACAACAGCUACAACAACAGCUACAACAACAACAGCUACAACAGUACCUACCACAACAACAGCUACAACAACAACAGCUACAACAGUACCUACCACAACAACAGCUACAACAGUACCUACCACAACAACAGCUACAACAGUACCUACCACAACAACAGCUACAUCAGUAGCUACCACGACAACAGCUACAACAACAGCUACAACAACAACAGCUACAACAGUAGCUACCACAGCAGCAGCUACACCAGUAGCUACCACAACAACAGCUACAACAGAAGCUACCACAACAACAGCUACAACAACAGCUACAACAACAACAGCUACAACAGUACCUACCACAACAACAGCUACAACAGUACCUACCACAACAACAGCUACAUCAGUAGCUACCACAACAACAGCUACAACAACAGCUACAACAACAACAGCUACAACAGCAGCAGCUACAACAGUAGCUACCACAGCAGCAGCAAUUUGA